ACAGCUGAGGCCUGACUUCUGAAGCCUGAAUUUUGAGCGAUUCAAAAUUCAUGGGGGUGUCAGCAAUUGCAUAAUCUCAAAAUUCUUGAUGAUGAUUUGCAUGCAGAAAUGGCUUCAUCACGGGAUAAUACAAAAGUUGCGCUAGUUGCUUGGUUGCUAAUAAUGAUCUCAGCAAUGUCACAAACGAUUCAUCCUAGCUGCCCAAAAAAAUGUGGAAGUGUUAACAUUCCGUACCCUUUUGGUACAACUGAGGACUGUUACAUGAACAACAACUUUUAUGUUGCUUGUAACACAAGUCACAACCCUCCCAAACCAUUUCUGUGGAAUUUGACCAAAAAUAUUGAGAUCUUAGAGGUGUCAUUGAAUGGCCAUUUGAGGAUAAAAUCCCCCGUAGCUUAUGUCUGCUAUGAUGAAAAGGGUGUGCUAGUGGAUUCAGGGAAUUCAUCCAUGACUUUGCAAGCAUUCCAUUUCUCAUAUACUCAGAACAAGUUCAUUGGAAUUGGAUGUGACACCCUUUCAACCAUCAAUGCAACAAUUGGGAAAAAUUACUCAGCUGGAGGAUGUUUUUCACUUUGUAGUAGUGUAGAAAGUUCAACCAACGGAUCCUGGUUUGGCGUUGGUUUCUGCCAAACCUCUAUCCCAAAAAACAUUUUGGCAUAUCAAGCUCGUGUCCUGAGAUCAAAUUUCAUGCAUAGGGAUAUAAAUAUUCCUUGUAGCUACUCUCUUUUGGUGGAAGAGGACUCUUUCAAGUUUUCCACUGAUGACUUCAUCAAACAGCAUGAGAGAAGAACCGCUCCCACGGUGCUUGAUUGGGCCGUUGGAAAUCAAACAUGUGAAGAAGCUAAGAAGAAUUUGACUCGUUAUGUUUGCCAAGAAAAUAGUGUAUGUAUUGACUCUGACAAUGGACCUGGGUACCUUUGCAGAUGCUUAGAAGGUUAUGUGGGAAAUGCAUACCUGCAUGGUGGAUGCGAAGAUAUUGAUGAGUGUGCCAAUCCUAGCCUAAAUGAAUGUUCAGAUAUUUGCAUUAACCUACCUGGGAGCUAUAAUUGUUCUUGUCCCAAGAGCAAAAGGUACCAGGGAGAUGGUAGAAAAGGAGGAAGUGGUUGUGUCUCGGAUCUACAAGUGGUUAAUGAGGUUGUGAUAGGAACUGGCAUAGGCCUUGUGCUGUUGUUAAUUGGUAGUGGCUGGCUAUACUAUGUGUUCCGCAAAAGAAAGAGAGUGAGGCUCACAGCAAGAUAUUUUAAGCAAAAUGGAGGCUUAAUGCUACAGCAGAAAAUUUCAAACAUGGAAGAAUCAUCUGAGAGAGCCAAAAUUUUCACAGCGAGAGAGCUAGUGAAAGCCACUGAAAACUUUCAUGAGAGCAGAAUCAUUGGCAGAGGAGGAUACGGCACAGUCUAUAAGGGAAUACUUCCAAAUGACCAAGUUGUAGCCAUAAAGAAAUCAAAACUAGUAGACCACAGCCAGAUUGAACAAUUCAUCAAUGAAGUGGUUGUACUGUCCCAAAUAAACCACAGAAACGUGGUCAAACUCCUAGGUUGCUGUCUAGAAACAGAAAUGCCACUUCUGGUUUAUGAAUUUGUGAAAAAUGGCACCCUCUUUGACCACAUUCACAAUGAAAACACCACACUUCCUUGGGAUGCACGUCUAAGAAUAGCAGCAGAAACAGCUGGUGUGCUUGCCUACUUGCAUUCUUCUGCCUCCAUACCAAUCAUCCAUAGGGACUUCAAGUCAACUAACAUACUCUUAGAUGAGAAAUACACAGCCAAGGUUUCUGACUUUGGAACCUCGAGAUUGGUUCCACGUGACAAGUGUCAGUUGACAACGUUGGUUCAGGGAACUCUUGGUUACCUUGACCCUCAAUACUUUCAGACCAGCCAACUAACUGAGAAAAGCGAUGUGUAUAGCUUUGGUGUUGUGCUUGCUGAGUUGCUAACUGGAAGAAGGGCACUCUCUUUUGACAUGCCUGAGGAGGAGAGGAACUUAGCCUUGUAUUUCCUCUCGGCUCUGAAGGAUGAUUGCUUGUUACAAAUUGUUGAGGAUUGUGUGAGUGAGGGAAAUAGUGACCAGGUGAAGGAAGUUGCUAACAUUGCUCAAUGGUGCUUGAGGCUUAGAGGUGAAGAAAGACCCACCAUGAAGGAAGUGGCAAGGGAAUUGGAUGGUCUCAGAAUGAUGACCCCAACUACGUAUGUGAUUGGUGAGGGAUCAUGUCAAAGUCAAAUAGAAACUAACUAUGAAAAUUGUCGUUAUACUCAUACUACAUCAUGCACUGGCCCUGAGGAUGACACCAUUUGCAAAGAUGUCAUGUCACCGUUAUGGGAUGGCAGAUGAUCAGGGUACUCGUUGGGAGAAAUUAGUAGGUGGUUAUACACUGCGUGAUCCGUAACUAAUCUCUGCAUAAUAUUUAUUAUGUAGCAGUGUUAUAAAAUUUUCUUAUAAAUUGAAAAUCUUAAAUAUAUGUUAUAGAGAUUAGUUGUAACCAUGUAUACUUAGUAGACUUAUGCUACAUAAUAAUUUCUAGCUAGUUGGAGGCACUUUGUCUAUGGCAUCAUCAAUUCGAAGAUUAUAUACAUAUGAUAU